GAGUGUGCGAGAGUGUUGCCUACGCGCGGCAAAGGCGAGAGAAGAUGGCGGACGGGAAGGGAGAGUCCCGAGCGGGGCUGGCGAAUGGGGGCACGGUUGCCCCCUCUCCCUCCCCGCCGCAGCCCCACCGCCUCCCGGAAAUGUUGCAGGCGCUGGAGGAGAGGCUGAGGGAGGACGAGGUAGCGGUGCUUACCUCCUCUGCUUACUGCAGACGCUUCUGCGAGGUGUUACUGCAGCACACGGAAGAUCACACAGCAUCUGAAAACCUUAUACUUUAUACAGAUGUAUAUGGAACUUCUCUACGAAGCUUUGCAAGUGCACGGCCUUAUCUUACCACUGAGUCUGAAGAGGUUUUGCUGCUACUUAAUAAACUUGUUCUGAGUUGUUUUGAAGUCAUACUUUCAAUGACUGAAGAUGAUCUUUCAUCUGACUUUGGGUUGCGAUUUAAAAAGUCUAUUAUGGAUUCCCAUGACAUAUUGCUGGAAUUUGGAAAUGGCAAUUUGCAAUUCUUGGUUGAUAACAUCACGUGCAAUGGAGCAUGGCAGAGCCCAGUGCUUGUCAAAAUCCUGUCUCGGCAGACAGAAAAGCCUGAAGAAGUUUGUAAAUGGAUUUCACAAGAGGGCCCCUGUUUUCUACAGAUGCGCAUCAAACAUUUAAUGAAGACAAACUGCAUGCAGCAGGCAAUGCUUCUAUCGAAAGUUUGCUCUGAGUCUGCAGAGAUUUCAAGUGACUUGUAUUUUCGCCAGUCAUUUAUCACAUGUUUAUGUACCAUGUUACCAAAUGAAGAAGCUUUUAAAGAGAUUUCAAGGAUGGAUGGGAAAGAGGUUUUAGAUACGAUAUGUAACCUGGAAUCCGAAGGCCAAGUUAACACUGCGUUUAUACUUUGUACUACAUAUCUUACUCAGCAGCUACAAAACGAAGUAACAUCUUGCUCCUGGGAGCUGACCUUGUUUUGGAGUAAGCUUCAGCGGCGUAUUGAACCAUGCUUAAAUACUUUUCUUGAAAGAUGUAGGCAGUUUGGUGUGAUUGCCAAGACACGUCAGCACCUAUUCUUUCUUAUUAAAGUUGUGCAUACAGAGGCUGGAGAUGACGGCGUUCCAGUUUCCAUCAUGCUAUGUAUACGGGCUCUUCAAAUUACGUCAAAUGAAACCGAUGCAACAAAAACAUCUGUUUGCAAAACAAUAGCAUGCCUCUUGCCACAAGAUUUGGAGGUGAGACGAGCCUGCCAGCUCACAGAAUUUUUAUUUGAACCGACUUCUGAAGGACUAAGUGUAUUGGAAGAACUUUUUCUCCAGCCUGAUCCAAAAAAUGUUGAAGAAUCAAGCGUUAUUUCAAAUUCUCUUCGCUGUGAACUCUUGCUAUCCUUAAAAAGUCACUGGUUGUUUGAUCCUGAGUUCUGGGAUUGGAAAACAUUAAAGCGGCAUUGCCUUAAGCUCCUUGGAAAAGAAGUUUCAGAUGCAGAGGAAGACAACUAUGGCGAACCUUCAGUUAAUGAUUCUGAUAUUUUGGAUUCCUCUUUGGCUAGCUAUGCUAUACACACUGAACAGAAUGAAGAAUCCCAAGAAUAUGCUUCCAAUGAAACCGAGAGCAUUAAAGUGAAAAAGCCAAUUGGGUCUUCAGAAAGGUACAAACGCUGGCUACAAUAUAAGUUUUACUGUGUUAUCUGUAAACGAGAAGUCAUUGAGGCGAGGAUUCUCCAUCAUGCUAAAAUGCACCUCAAAGAUGGAGUAUAUACAUGUCCUGUUUGUGUGAAAAAGUUCAAAAAGAAAGAAAUCUUUGUCCCUCACGUAAUGGACCACAUGAAAAUGCCCAUGCGACAUCGUCCUAAAAAGAGAAAUGAAGUUGUUGAACUCAAAGCAGAUCUAGAUUUUGCCGAGGAAGAACACGACACCAAUGGCUACAUCACUUUUAGGAUGAUGCAAGAUAAAAAUCUGCAGGAUCGAGAUGUUUAUCCGUGUCCUGGUACAGGUUGUUCCAGAGUUUUCAAACAGUUUAAAUAUUUAAGUAUACAUUUGAAAGCCGAACACCAAAACAAUGAUGAAAAUGCAAAGCAUUACUUAGAAUUGAAGAAUCUGAGAGAAAAGUGUGCUUUUUGUCGGCGACAUUUUGUAACCAAUUUUCACUUAAGACAGCACAUGAGAAUUCAUCUUGGAGCACUGCCUUUCAUGUGUGUAUCUAUAGACUGCAAUGAAAGUUUUAAAACGAUUAAUGAACUACUACAUCACAAACAAACGCACUUGGAACUUCAGUACAAGUGUGAACUAGAAGGAUGCCACCUAGUUUUUAGUGACUUAGGAUGUCUUUACCAUCAUGAAGCUCAACAUUUUCGAGAUGCUGCAUACACUUGUACUUUUCCACGAUGCAAAAAGUUUUAUUAUUGUAACUCUGAGUUUCAGAAUCACAUUGCCACUCACGUAGCACACUCUGAAAACUGUUUUGAUAAAAAAACUGAUUUAUCUUCUGACACAAAAAAAGAGGAGGAUGGACUGUUUGGUUCUAGCUGUAAUUACAUACCUUUGCUACCAAGUAGAAACUCUAGAGAGUUUAGUGACAAGCACUCAGAAGAUUCUGCCAAUACAGAAACAUGUUUAUAUCAUGAUGCGAGUUCAGACUGCAGUUGUAAAAAUGAAAACAAAAGGCAAAUUGAUAUUGAAAAACUUCGGAAGUCCACAUUUAAGUACACAAGUGACUCAGACAAUGUCCUCAAAAGCUUAGUAAAUAGCGAUGCCCUAUCCAGUACUUAUGUUAAAGAGGAACAUGAAAAAACAGAAGAAACAUUAUGUGGUAUUGCAUGUGCAGAAAUCAACAUAAAAAGUGAACAAGAAGAAAUUCCUACUUCUGAUGGCUUUCAGAGGCCUGCUACUUCAGAGGAUACCUUGUCUGAACUUCUCACUAGUCUGAGACAACUGAAUCUAAAAAAUUCUAAUUCCACAGUACCUUCGGUUCAAGGUAACGAAUCAGUAGCCAGUUGUUCUAAUAACGCUGCUGUGACACACAAUGGCAUCAACCAGAAGCAAGAAAAGAUAUUUAGCCAGUAUUUAUCCCGUUUAGCAGCCAAACCAUUUUUUUGUGAGCUUAAAGGCUGCAAAUCUGCUUUCGUUACAAAAGAUGCUCUUUUAUUGCAUUAUUGUAAAAAACACAACUAUACAAAGGAAAAUGCUCUCAAACUGAACAUGUUACAAAAAAAAUAUUCCCCUUUUGAGUGCCAUAUCUGCCAAAGACGUUUUACAAGGCGAACGUUACUUCGCAUUCAUUAUAAGAAGAAGCAUCACAUAAGCAAAGAGAAGGCAAGGGCAAGUGCUAGGAAACUUGAAAACAAGAAAAUUAAAACACGUAUUAGAAGUCAACGACGAACAAACUGCUGGAAAAAAUUCCAGCCAAGUGAAAUCGGCAAUGAAAGUCCUGAAAGAACAUCUCCAGUGAAUGAGGACUUUAAUUCUGAGACCUACGCAGAUUCACUUUCUGAUGAGACAGACACUGGUAAUAUGCUUGGCGCAUCAAGAGAUGAAGACUAUCCAACUGGAAAAGGAAGGGGAAGGAGACGAGUGGUAGCUCAAGGAAAGCUUUGUUACAUCUUGAAUAAGUAUCACAAACCAUUUCACUGUAUCCAUAAAUCAUGCAACUCUUCCUUUACAAGCCAGCGGGGCUUAGUUCGCCAUUACCAGCUUGUGCAUCAGUAUAACAGGGAAUCCUUAUGUUUGGAAAAAGAAAAGGAACAUAAGACAGAGCACGGUGGAUGUAGAAGGAUAUUUACUUGCAAAUAUAAAGAAUGCAGAAAGAGUUAUAUUUGUGGCAGAGCACUGUCAAAGCAUUACAAAGAAUGCCACGAUCAUAGUGAAACUGAAGACCUGGACCUUGAUCUCUUUGAUGCUGAUAACCACUUAAAAAGCCAAACGGAUGAUGAAAAAUUUAGUGAAGAGACUGAAAGCGAAGAGUCUGAAAUUUACUGUGAUGUAGAGGGCUGCACUGCAGUAUUUACAGAUCAUAACAAAUAUGCCCGGCACAUCAUGUCCCGUCACCGGAAAUAUAACCUCUAUGAGAGCAGGAGAAAGAGGAAAAAAAAAGCAGAAGAAAUGGAUGAAAGCUACGUUGAACCUAAACGUCGAGGUCGUUUGCUUUAUAAAAGGAAAAGGUUAAGAGUUAAAAACAGGGUUAAUAAGAAAGAUCUGGUGGUUGAAUUUAAAACCAUUGAGGAAGGAUUACAAAUGUGUGCCCAAAAUAUCAACAUGACGCAGUUCCCAUGUAUGAUUCAUGGGUGCUCUUCAGUCGUAAAGUUAGAAAGUAGUAUUAUUCGACAUUACAAAUUGACACAUCACCUGGCUCCCACCUAUGUCGCUGAUCAUACUGCAGAGUUGGUUUACUGUGUUAAGAACUUUCCUGGGAGUAAAGAGCAAUCCAUUUCAGCAGAAGAAUACAGUUCCCGCAAACGUGACUGCAUUCAAGACCACAAAAUGCCCAGUUUGCAUAACGAUGUUCGCUGUACCUCAUUUGGUGGGGAUGACUUUUUGAAGAACUCGAACAGUGAUUUCAGAAGAAAUGGUCCUGUGGAGAGAGACUUUUUGAAGUACAGUACAUCCUCAAAACACAAUAAGAUCUCAAAUAGUAACUUUAAAGAGACAGAAAUCCGCUCUCCUUUCCGUAAAAAUGUGGAAAGAACUGCUAAAUCUAGUGAAAAAGAAAAUGUUUCUCUUGCCAGUUUCCAAAAGGCAUACAAAACAGAAAACAAUAAAGAAAGUUACUUCACUCAUCCAGUAGAUUUGAAUGCUCUCAUUUCUACAAAAGACAAUCAAGAAGAGCAAGGACAGGCAGCUGUUGGACUAAAGAAUUUUAAGCCAAUGGGGUUUGAAUCAUCUUUUUUAAAGUUUUUACAGGAGAGUAGGGAAACAGAUGAUGAGUUUGAAGAGCUUGAAUGGAAUUAUCCACAGAAAUGCAAGCUCCAGAAUUCUUUGCAAAAUCAGAAGCAAUCCUGUAAAGAUCUAAAUGAUCAUGAAACAUGUUUGUCCCAUAGCAAAACUGAAGCAUCAACACCCACAUUACAAAAUUUAAGGACAAUGUUGGACAAAGCUUUGGCAGACUGUGGUGACCUAGCUUUAAAACAGCUCCACCAACUUUAUCAAAGGCCUGUUGUUGUUCUGGAGCGUUCUGACUUUACAUCACCUCUAAUAGACUUGUUUUCCAGCAAAAAAACUGAUGAACUCUGUGUGGGUAUUUCAUAGAGAUUUGUCCUCCCCUAAAAAUAUGCCAGUAUUAAUUUUGAGGGAACCUAUCGAGUGACACAGGAUUAUUUGUUAAUAAAAGGUGUACCAUAUAGACUUUUUGUGCAAUUAGAUGUAACAUUUCAUGAAUGUAUUUUAUCUGUGAUCACAAUUUUUGGUUUAUCUUCCCAACAGAUUAAUGUACUUGGUGCUAGGACAUCAAUAUAACGGGGCUUCCUUUGACAAUAAAUGUGCAUGAUUGUCUGGGAGUUUUGGGGUGUUACAAGGUUUUCAUACUUGAAUGAAUAUGCACUUAAAAGUGCACUGUGUAAUAUAUUGUACACUACAACCUCUUAUAUUUUUUGAGUUCUGUUUCAAUAAAUUACGAAAUUUCACCUGU